UUUCCCUCUCAAAUGUCAGCUGUCAACAGAAAUAUUCAUUGGGAGAAUCAUUGGGUGAGAGUCAAGCAUUCACGAGUGUUAUUAUUAUUAUUAUUAAUAAUAAUAAUAAACAAGACCUAUUAACGUGAACAAAGUGUGAUAGGAUGAAUCUCUCCCCAAAAAUUAUUUCUUUACAAAAAUAGAAAGGCACUAAAUACAAAAACUAAAUACAAAAUUAACCAAGUUCCAAAAUAAUCAAAAGUCAACAAAAGGAACCGAAACACGAGUCGCCGCGACAAAGUCAACGGAAAACUUGAUGUGACGUGAGACAGAAAACGGAACGAAAUACAAGCAAACCGAUGAGACAACGGGGCACACCUGGACAAGACACAUGAUUGGUAGACACAAGGAGCAGGUGGAGACGAAAACCGAACGAGCAAGACGUGAGCAUGGGACGCCGGAAAACGAGAAAUAACAUGCAAUCAAACUCAAUCCAAUCGAAACAACAAAAACAAUCUCAGGACUUUUGAUGAAUUAAGUGGCCAAUAAAGUCCAGUCCGGCCGUUCCCAGCAUUCGAGGCACAUUUUGGAGGGAAACGACCUCGUUGAAAAGCCUCCGAACUGCUGCGAGACAUGACUUUGGGAGCCAACAUGAUGGUGCACCUGGUUCGCAUGAUCAUCCUGUCAGAAGCAGAGUCAGAGAUCCGAUUGUCUGCAAACAUCACGUCGUCUCUCCGAAGCGUUUGCGACUGGGGCUCACGCUUAAACCCGUCCAAUGACACAGACCCGCUGCACGCCGAUCUGCUCUUGUACAUCACGAGGUUCGACCUGGUGUUGCCUGAUGGCAACAAGCAGGUCAGGGGAGUCACGCAGCUGGGAGGCGCUUGCUCCGCCGAAUGGAGCUGCGUGAUCACAGAGGACACCGGAUUCGACCUGGGGAUCACGAUCACUCAUGAGAUCGCACACAGUUUCGGCGUCAACCACGACGGAGUGGGGAACUCGUGCAGCUGGAGUGGCUUCUUGAUGGCUUCUGAUGGAGGCUACAACAGCGUGGAUCUGUCAUGGUCGCCCUGCAGCGGACCUCAGCUGCUCGCCUUCUUCAGUGCAGGAAAUGCUGAAUGUGUGAAGGAUCUACCAGCCUUGGAAAGUUCCCUACAGGACUGGAAACCUGGCCUUUAUUACGGGAUCGACGACCAGUGUCGAAUAGCUUUUGGAAGUACUGCGAGAAGUUGCUCGUUCACCAAUCCAGAUCUGCCGAUGUGUAGGUUUCUAUCUUGUCACACUAAACCAAAUGAUGACAGCUUCUGCAAACGUCUUCUGGUACCGCUCCUUGAUGGCACCCAAUGCGGACCUCAUCAAUGGUGUCUGAAGGGACGUUGCGUGUCCCCGGACCAGCUCAGCACCUCCGCGGUGGUGCACGGCUCUUGGUCCGGCUGGUCUGGGUUCUCGCGCUGCUCACGAACAUGCGGCGGGGGAGUCACUCACCGCACACGCCGGUGCAACAACCCGAGACCCGCGUUUGGGGGAGACGAUUGCGUGGGGCUGAGUAUUGAGGCUGAACUUUGUAACCAGCAGGCGUGCGAGCGCACCCAGCUCGAUUUCAUGGCCGAGCAGUGUUCCGCAACAGACCCGAAACCGCUUUACCUUCUUCCGGGCCAGGCCUCCUUCUACACCUGGAUCCCUGCGGUGGACUUCUCAAAAGGCGAUGAGCUCUGCAGAUACAUGUGCCGGCCCAAGGGAGACGCCUUCAUCGUGAGCCGUGGAUCUCAGUUCGCCGACGGAACACGCUGCGAGGCCGGCGGCCAAACUCCUUCCGGUUCCGUGGCCGCUUGUCUGCGAGGGAAAUGUCUGGUAGAGAUGAUUUGGAUAGCGAGAGAAAAGACGCGCAGCAACGUUACAUGUGCUUUUCUAUUUCAAUGCGCCGCGGCUGUUCAGCUGUUCGGCUGCGAUGGCGUGCUGCACUCUGGGAAAGUAAGAGAUGUGUGUGGCUCGUGCGGGGGGGACGGAUCUUCCUGCACGUUGACCUCUGACUCCUUCACCGGAGGUCAGGGAAGAGAGUACACCACCUUCCUGUCGCUGCCGUUGAACGCAACACAGGUUUAUAUGGUCAACCGGGCACCUCUGUUCACUCAUCUGGCUGUACUAUACGGGGAUCGAUAUAUCGUCUCCGGGGCGGGCAGAACGGCAAUGAAUAUGACCCAUCCCUCCCCACUGGAUGAUAACUGGCUUGAGUACCGCCUCCAUCUGACCCCUGACCUUUUGCCUGAAAUGGAAGAGCUGCUGCUGGUUGGACCAGUACAACGGCAGAUAAACAUUCAGGUUUAUCGGCAAUACGGAAAAGAAUAUGGAGAGAAAACCAGCCCCGACAUUAGCUAUCGGUUCUACGUUCCCAGGGGUCACAGCGACUUGACCGAAAUCAAACGCGAAGGCACGUGGAGCAUUAUUACAACACCCUGCUCCGUCUCCUGCGGUUUAGGUGCGCAGAAGCACCGGCACGUGUGUGUGGACAAAGAAAGUGACACACACGUGGAGGAACGUCAUUGUCCCGCGUCUCCUCCGCUUCUCGCACUGCAAACGCCCUGCCAGCUCGCAGCGUGCCCGCCGAGCUGGAUCACAGGAGACUUUGGAUCCUGCAGCGCUUCCUGCGGUACAGGAGAGAGAAUCCGUUCCGUAACGUGUGUUCAGAAACACGGCGCCGAUGUUGUGAAGGUUCGGGAAUCGGACUGCCCGGCCGACGCGGCUCCCGAUGCUGUUGAAAAAUGUCAUCUUCGACUUUGUCCUGCCAGAUGGCGCGUGCGGGAGGCAGGGGACUGCUCAGCGGUGUGCGGGCCCGGAGAAGUCCAAAGAAACGUGUCGUGUGUCCGACAAGACGACAGCCGAGAGGUUGAAGUCGAUGAAAGUUUCUGCUCAAGUCAAAUAAAACCUCCUGAAUCUACGCCCUGCGUCGUGGACGUCUGCCCCAUUGGGUGGAACGUGACGCGGGAGGACCGGCCUGAGUCGCCGUCGGGCUCCAUGCCGCGCUUGGGUCAAGCCUCCGUCUUUGUUUGGAGUCCGGUUGUCACGCCGUGCUCGAAGACCUGCGGCAACGGAACAACGCAAACGCGGUUCUCCUGUGUGGACCAUCAGACCAGAUGGAGGGUACCGGAUGUCGACUGUGACCCUUCAACCCAACCGCCUCCUAAAACUAAGAACUGCAACACGCUCCCUUGCCCUCCCAUGUGGCGGUCUAAGCCAGGCAUCUGCAGUACAACGUGUGGCGGAGGGCUGGCCAACACGGUGCUGUACUGUGCUCGGCAGACAGCUGGACAGCAAGAGGAGGUGCUGGAGGAUUCGGAGUGCAGUGACUUUCCUAAACCCGCAGCAGUGGUGUCAUGUAACACCCGCAGUUGCCCGGCAAGGUGGAAGGUUCAGAGCAUGUCGCCCUGCUCUGCGUCUUGCAACCUGGGUGUAGCUCACAGGAACGUGUCCUGUGUCCACUUCGUCCAAGGCAAGGAAAGUGUGGUGCUGGAGGAGAGCUGCCGUAUGUCGGUCAAACCGGCGACCACGGUGCCCUGCCUGGUGCGGGUGUGCACCUUGGGCUGGGAGGCCAAGCCAUGGAGCCAGUGUUCAGUGUCGUGCGGAUACGGCAUUCAGUCCAGAACCGUGUCAUGCGUGGGCCCGUCCGAGCCGGAGCCCCUCAGCCCUCUGAUGUGCAUGCACAUGCCCAAGCCCAUCACCAUCCAGGGCUGCAGCACGGGCAGCUGCGCGGACGCGACACCGACGUCCCCCGUCAUCCCGGCUACGCGUCCCACAUUGGAGGAGGAUUUCCACCCGUCUCGCAAUACAUUUACUAAAAGGUUCCGCGGGCGCAACUGUCUUGGAAGUCCAUCAGUCACCUGCCUGCAGUCCAACACAACGGCCAGACCUUCGCCUCAAGCCAAUGCGUGCGGACAGCUGCUCCUGCAAGAAUCCGGCACAGUUGACUUGAGCAACGCCACCGGUCCCUGCACGGUGGCCUUCGGCCGACCCCUGGGUGAGGUCAUCCGCGUCCAAAUACACUCGAGCUCCCUGAACUGCCUGAAGAGAGAAUAUGCGGUCUUUUUUGACCGGCUGGCGCUUGUGAGGAAGUGUGAGCAGAUAGCGGGAAGCACGCUGACCACCAGAACCAACGUCCUUCUUGUGCAGCAGAAUCUGCUCACUUCUGGGAAUGGAAUUGUCUUCAGCUACAGCUCAGAGAGAAACAUGAAAAGGAGCCGCCGUCCAAAUUGUGACAAGCAGUUGUUUUCCCCCAGCGGGGUAUUUGAGAAUCCAACAUGGGACAGGAACAGCACUUGUCGGGUGCUAAUCAACGCUCCGCCCUCAGUGAAGAUCAGAAUCCAAGCAGUGCACGUCGGCUUGCUCUUCAACGCCACAAACGCGCAGUCUUCAUACAUUAUGAUCCGGGACAUGGAUAUGCUGAAGACCAACGUGUUUAAAGGCCCACAGCUGUUUCUGUGGCAGUCCUCUGGAAAUAUGGCUGAGAUUGAAUUUCAUGGAGAUUACCAGCGCAUAGCCGGAAGCUUUAGAGCGGAAUAUUCCUUUGUAUAACUUUAUUAAGCUUUCUCAAUUGUUUCUCCUGCAUAAGACGCAUCUGAUACAGCCAACUUAACUGUUGUCAUGAAACAAGUAAAUGCAAGCAAGCAGUCAGAAUGUUAUUCAUUCAUUCAUUCAUUCAUCUUCCGUUCCGCUUCUCCUCACGAGGGUCGCGGGCGUGCUGGAGCCUAUCCCAGCGAUCAUCGGGCGAGAGGCGGGGUACGCCCUGAACUGGUCGCCAGCCAAUCGCAGGGCACAUACGAACAAACAACCAUUCGCACCUCACAUUCACACCUACGGACAAUUUCGAGUCUUCAAUCAACCUACCACGCAUGUUUUGGGGAUGUGGGAGGAAACCGGAGUGCCCGGAGAAAAGCCACGCAGGCACGGGGAGAACAUGCAAACGCCACACAGGCGGGGCCGGGAUUUGAACCCCGGUCCUCAGAACUGUGAGGCGGGUGUGCUAACCAGUCGGUCACCGUGCCGCUCAGAAUGUUAUAAAUGUUUCAUUUUAAAAAUAAAUGCAAAAUUCAGUUCA